AUGGGCUGGUACUCGCUGCUGCCCACGCACCUGAGCGACAUUGAAGGAUGGAUCUCGAGUGUCGUCACAAUGGGCCCAUGGGCUCUCCUCCUUCUCUACGACUUGGUCUUCUACCUCUACCGCUCAUGCGCCUACCACAUUCCCAUCAUCGGCGGCAAAGCCCAGGGCAAGCGACGACCACGAGCACCCAGCUUGACCGAAAGGCCCAGUGGCCAGAAACGAGAUGCUCCGAAAGUACCCAUAUCUGCCGCCACGACGGGCAUGCAACAGAACGAGCAUACUGCCGAGAAGCGUUCGCUUGGACAUAGCUAA